AUGAUGAAUUCAUCAAUUAUGGAGAAUGAUAUUGAUGAUGAUGGUGAUGAUGACAGCGAUCUUAAUAACAAUGAAUUUAAACGUAUUUUAUUUCCUAUUCUAUCAACAAAUAUAUCACCACUUCGACCAUCAGUAACUAGUUCGUCCUAUUGUGAUACCAAUUCAUAUGAAGGUUUAUUUAUGGAAAGUUGUGCAAAACUUCACGAACAGAUAGCACAUUAUUGUUGGCCAUUCUGUCCAAUUUAUUUACUACAUAUAAAUACAUAUUGUCACAUUGAUUAUUUUGCUAUACCAGCUGAAAUAGCUCUUGUCGAAACAACAUUUUGGCCUCAACUAUAUGGAAAUAAGAUCAAUGUAGAAUCUAUGAAUAUAUCGAAAAAAGUCAAUGAACAUUAUGAACGUCAUUCUAAUCUAUGCAAACGUCUUUGUUCAAUUACUGAUGAUUUUCAUGAUUUUGUCCAUCCAGGUGAUCAAUUGCCCACUGGCUAUCAAGCAGAUAUUCUCGAGCAUUCAAGACGAACUCAUGGAUUACCAUGUACACCAUAUGAAAAAAUUGGUACACAAGAUUAUAAUCAAUUAUUAGAUGAUUUAAAUGAAAUGCUCAGUUCAUUAUGUGAUUCUCGUCAGAAAACUAAUCAUGGAACUAUGCCAAUGUUUUGCACAAUAGAAUCAUUCUGGUCAACAAAAGCUGCACUUGAUUGGAUCUACGAUCAACCAUCAACACGAGAUCGUCUCGAUGAUUAUACAUUGUAUCCAAUCGAAGCAUUGAUUGCUGUUAUUUAUAGAAAUUUCUAUAGUCGAGUUCAAUUUAAAUGUGAACUUGGCGUAUUGAUGGGCAAAACUCCUCAACAACCCGUACUUCAUUCUCGUGCAUGCGAUUAUCAUGCUAUACUAGAAAAUAAAUAUUGUGCUAUGGCUCAUGUUCGUGAUCUAGCAGAAUAUUAUACUUCAUUAAUGGCUUAUUUAUACUAUACAUAUUGUGAUCAUAAUUCGACAACAUUGUUACCUUAUGUAAAAGUAACAUAUCAAGGAAAUUUGUCACUUCAACAAGAAGCUUAUCGGUCUGGUAAAAAAGAACGAUUUAAAAAAGUAAUAAAUGGUAAUUAUUCAUCAUACGAUGAUACUUCAUUAUCGUCAAGUAUCAGCUCGAAUGACAAAGCAUUUGAAAAUAAUAAAAAUCCUAUUCAAAUGAAAAAAUAUGAAAAUCAUCGAAAUCAUUCAAUGAGAAAAGAAUCUAAUUCAAAUUUGAAUCCAUUAGCUGUACCGUUUGAGAUACAGAUUCAACAACAAGAACGUAUUCAACAUUCUAAAGACAAUAAUAAGCCACCAGCUCAGCUGGUAUUAUUUGAGCCACGUAAUACACCAAGUCCUGUACCUUCAUGUCAAACAAUGUAUCAACGUAUGCAUCAUCGACCACGUGAAAAUUGGGAUUAA